ACCAUUGUAUACUUGUCGCGUCACUGAAAAUCGUGUGUAAUGAUACUUGAAAUUUGUAAUUUAUAAUUUUAUUUAAAUACGAAAAAAUAUAGUAAUGUAAUUAUAUCCAGUGUUGUAAGAAUUUUGGUGUAUUUGUAAUAAACGGUCUGCUCAUCGAUCGUGACAAAUGAUACGCCAUUUGAGUCGUCAAGUGCGUACAAGUACAUAUGUACACUAACUUCUUUUCCUUUUCAUUUCGUGCAGUUUUCUUUUAAAUUGACCGCGAAUUCGAACAUUACAUCGUUUAUGGAGUAGCAAAGAGAGAAAUUUCCUCACACUACAUCCACACGUUCUGCUACACAAUUUUAGAUGGUAUAUUUCAAAGUACAUACUUUCAAAUUGUAAUUAAGCAACACACAAAUUGAUAUUUGAAUUCAUUUGUAAUCAAAUAGUUUAUUAAGAAAUGGACGAUAAAGAUCCAACGAGUGUUAUCAAAAUGAUAAAAGAUCUAAGAUCAGGUUCUGAAGCAUAUCGUAGAAGUAAUAGCAGUGCUGUGUCACUAAGAUUAUCUGGUACUGCAUAUACACCAAUGGCAUUUAGCGAAGCUGAUGAAUGUCCAUCACCUAAAAAACCAAGGCUAGAUGAUUCUAAUAAUUCUAAUUUAAAUAAGGCUGAGGUUGAAAUUGUUCCAACUAGUCCAUGGGAAUGGAGAAGAUUAAAAGGACAGAUCGUGUCCUUAAAAACAAGAUUAUCUCAUCAGGAAGCUGCUGUACAACAGCUUCACAAAAUACGUAGACAAAUGGAAGAAGUUUUUGAAAAGGAGAAAGGUAUUUUAGAGAUGCAGGUCGAACAGGAUAAGCAAACGAUUAAGCAACUGGAAGUACGUCUUGAUAUUUCACGUAGAACAAUUCAGGAUGCACGCGAGGCACAGGUUGCUGCAGAGAAAGAAUUGUUUCAGGUGAAAACAAAUUUGGAACAGAAAACUAUGUUGCUAAUGAACGAAAAUUCAAAACUGUUGGAAAAUAUUAAAAAUGCGCCUGUACAAGAGAGUACACCAGCAACAAAAAAUUCUACUGAUGUAUCUGAAACACAACUAAAAUUGGAUGCGGCUCAAACAAGAAUAACACAGCUGGAAGAAAAAUUAAAGGAAUACCAAACUAAGCAACAGGAGCUAGAAUUGCAAAAUGUAGAACUUCAAAGUAUGAAAAUAAAGAUUGAAAGAUUGGAAUCAGAAAAAGCGUUAUGGGAGGAAGGAAAGUUAUUAACUAUGAGAGCAGCGAGAGCGAGUGAAUUUGAAAAAGAGCUCAUUGCUGCGAAAGAAACUAUUGCUACAUUAAGGGAAUCUGUUCGAGGAAAAUUACUUUUAGAAGAACAAAUGGCCAGUGUAACAAAAAGAUUAGAGCAUACAGAAAAAUUGGAGCAACAGGUUGCCUCACUUGAGGCCAAAAAAACGGAGCUUUCACUGUCUCUGGCCGAAUAUGAAUCUAUUGGAAUUACCGGUGGACCAAUUGCUCUAAAACGUGAAUUAAAUCGUUUGCAACAAGCUGAAUUGGUUUUGAAAGCAGAAGAAGGACAGCUUAGAUCUAAACUGGACGCCGCGUUGAGAGAAUCGCACACAUUGUCAAAAAAUUACGAGGAUGCCAAAAAAUUGGCCAUGGAUGUUACCGUUUCCAAGGAACAAUUGAACAAAUUAGUGAGCAGGUUACAAAAGAAGAUGAUCCUCGUUACAAGAGAAAGGGAUAGUUAUCGGCAACAGUUAGACUUGUAUGAAAAGGAGAUGACGAUAGACAGUAACAAUGCGAUGACCGAAAGAAUUCCUACAUUGGAGCGUACGAUAGAUGUUUAUAGAGAAUUAGUUGCCAAAUUAGAAAGUGAUCUUCAAGCAGCCGAGAGUCAUAAUCAAGCAGAUGAAUGCAAUAAAUUAAGGGAGGAAGUCGAACGAUUGAAGGGCGAAUUGGAACAUCGAGCACUGAAGGGCGACUUUAAUUGCAACGCAAGGAUAUUGCAUUUUACCAUGAAUCCUGCUGCUAUCGCAGAGCAACAAGCAGAGGAGAAACAAAUGGCGUUGUUACGUGAAGUGGAGGAGUUGAGGACAAAAGUAGCACAAGGUGGAGCCAACGCGACGACAUCCGUUCUUCAAGCACAAGAAAUAGCGGAACUCAAACAGACUCACGAGAUCAAAAUAGCUCGCCUAAAGGAUGCCUUCAAGGCAUCGUCGCAAGAAUACCGGCAAGCUUGUUACCAAUUGUUUGGUUGGCGAGUGGACAGGACGAAGGAGGGUCGAUACAAAUUGUCUAGUCAAUACGCCGAAUCGCCAGAGGACUUUUUAUUUUUUAAAAUUGGAGAGGAGGGAGUGGACCUUCUAGAGACCGCGUUCUCCGCCACGCUUGGCACAUUGGUGGAGCGGCACCUGCAGCAACAACAUAGCGUGCCUAUGUUUCUGAAUGCAGUGCAAACAGAUCUGUUUAAUCAGCAAACUAUGACGAACGUUAUGAGCUGAUCUUCGUAAUUGUCAUUAGAUUUAAUCUGUUUUUGUACUUCAAGACAGAAUCAUAAUUCAGUUUAUCACUAGCCAUUCUUUUAAAUCGAUGUUUUAUCGGUUCUAAGUCAACUUAAAAAAGGAAUAAGAUGUUUCAUAACUGUUCGAAUUGCGUAUAUGAUUUUUUGAAAGAUUUACUUUAUUGGAUCGAUUAUACUAGGUUUCUCAUCUUUGUACGUCUUUUUUUAUUACUAGAAGAUUCUUAUAGAUUUUACUCGUUUUCGAAUAACUCUUGUUCGUUAUGUAAUCAUAUGUUUUUAAGCAAAUGGUACAUAGAAAUAGAGAUACGAUCAAUAAAGUUGCUUCUAUUCAAGCGACAUUCUUGCACGUGAUCUUCUGUCUUAAAUAAUUUUGUACAUUACGAGCAACUCUUUCAACAUUUCAUAUAAUUACUCAUACAUCGUUACUUAGUUGAAUAGUUAGACAUUUCGUUCGCUGGAUUGGCGUUUGAAAUAUCAGUUUAUUGAUGCGAGACUAAUCCAUCGCAACUACACUAUCGUUAUACGCUUUACUUAUCACAGAAGCCACUCAAUGAAUUCCCAGAACGACAAUUGACCGAACCGUUUGUAACAGAGUUGUUAGAACUAAGAUUCAGCGUUCUGCAAUAGAAUCAUUUUGUUUAAGCUAUUGUCAUUUUUUAUAGCAAACAAAUUCUUUACAUUUCAAAUAAAUUUUUGUCGAAUAUUUUCCCUUA